GAUUUUGUCGUGUUUGUUUGUUUGUUUGUUUGUUUAGCAUUUAUUCAUGUGUUAUUUCUCGAUCAGUACAUGAAAUGACUGGUUUUCAUCAAGUAACACGAAAAAAUAGGAGAAGAAAGAUUUAGUUAAAUUAAGUCAUAAUACAUACUAAAAUACGUCGUAGCUAAAAGUGGUCACCAUGGCGGAGAAGAAGGAAGAGACCAUGCCGACCUUCAAGUGUGUCUUGGUGGGGGAUGGAGGGACUGGGAAAACCACCUUCGUCAAGCGUCACUUGACUGGAGAAUUCGAGAAAAAGUACGAAGCGACAAUAGGGGUGGAGGUCCACCCCCUGGUCUUCAAUACGUCGAGAGGCUCCGUUUGUUUCAAGGUGUGGGACACAGCGGGUCAAGAACGCUACGGAGGGUUACGGGAGGGGUAUUAUGUUCAGGGCCAAUGUGCCAUUGUAAUGUUUGAUGUGACCUCUCGGGUCACAUAUAAGAACGUGCCGAACUGGUACCACGAGUUGGACAAGAUGUGUCCCAAUAUCCCUAUCGUACUUUGCGGGAACAAAGUUGACAUCGGGGAUCGGAAAGUGAAGGCAAAGAGCAUCGUUUUCCAUCGGAAGAAGAAUCUACAAUAUUACGAUAUCUCCGCUAAGAGCAACUACAACUUUGAGAAACCAUUUCUCUGGCUGGCUCGUAAACUUAUUGGGGAUCCCAACCUUGAGUUCGUCGCCAUGCCAGCACUCGCUCCACCAGAGGUCCACAUGGAUAUUGCUUGGCAACGACAGAUUGAAAACGAUCUCCAGGAGGCAGCCAACGUUGCUCUACCCGAUGAUGAUGAAGAUCUAUAAGCUCCAUCUUUUCUCACUAACAUCAAAGCUAACAGCAACAUCUUCGUCACCGAUUACACCUUCGUUCGUUGUCUAAUUUAUUUUAAACUUUUUUUGUAAAUUUGUUUUAAAAAUUAAUCAAAUGUAUUGUGAUGUUCCGAAAGUGAGGGGAGUCCACUUUUUAAAAAUUAAUAUUUGGUUUUGUGUCGUCUUUUAUAGUCACACACACAACAAAAUUUAGUAUCUACAAGCGAAAGUAAUAAAAUAAUUGUGAUAAUGUUUAAU